AUGGCUGAAGAGAUUCCAAACCAAACAACAACAACAACCCAAGAGGAGGAGGAAGUGCUGGUCAAUGAUGUUCCAGAACCUAACAAAACAGAAACACUAGUUCCCUUAGAGCAGAAAGAUCCACAUCCUGAGCCAGAAAAAAUGAAACCCGUUGAGGAGACUGUAACUCUGGAGACUCACCUCUCCAAACCCAAUGCUGACAACAGUACUACUCAUGACAAAGACAAAGUCCCUGAUUCUGGUUCUUUCAAGGAAGAAAGUACCAAACUUUCUGAUCUUCCCGACAAUGAGAACAAGGCACUCCAAGACCUUAAGCAGCUUAUUCAGGAUGCACUCAACAAGCACGAGUUCUCUUCCCCACCAUCUCCUCCACCCAAAGAAGAAAAGCCAACCACCCUAGAUGCUGACAAGGAACAACCCCAUGAGGAACAACAGUCUUCAGAACCAAGCACUGAUGCUGCUGCUCCUGCCCCAGCAGAACCUCCACAACUUGCAAAAACCGAUGAGGAGGAGCAAGUUGCGACAAAGACAGAGGAAGAUGAAGUAGAAAAGAAGGAAGAAGUGAAAGAAACCACCGAGGUGGUUGAUGCUGCUGCUACUGCUGCUGCUGCUGCUGUUCCUCCAUCUGUGGAUGAUGAUGGAGCAAAAACUGUUGAGGCUAUUGAAGAGACUGUUGUAGCUGUUUCUUCCUCUGUUACGGUUACGCAGCCUGCUGAAGAGAAAGUGUCCGAGGCAGAAAAAGUCAAGGAUGAAGCUUCACCACCAUUGCAACCCGAAGAAGUAUCCAUUUGGGGGAUACCACUGCUUGCUGAUGGGAGGAGCGAUGUGAUUCUCUUGAAGUUUCUACGUGCCAGGGAUUUCAAGGUGAAAGAUGCUUUUGCCAUGAUCAAGAACACAAUCCGCUGGAGAAAAGAAUUCAAAAUGGACGAGUUGAUGGAGGAGAACUUGGGUGAUGACUUGGAGAAAGUGGUUUACAUGAAUGGAUUCGACAAGGAAGGUCAUCCCGUGUGUUAUAACAUAUAUGGGGAAUUCCAAAACAAGGAGUUAUACAAGAAGACUUUUUCUGAUGAGGAGAAGAGGGACAAGUUCCUGAGAUGGAGAAUUCAGUUCCUCGAAAAGAGUAUCAGGAAAUUGGAUUUCAACCCCGGUGGCAUAUGCACCAUUGUUCAGGUCAAUGAUCUCAAGAAUUCUCCUGGACCUGGCAAAUGGGAACUUAGACAAGCUACUAAACAAGCCUUGCAAUUGCUUCAGGAUAACUAUCCUGAAUUUGUAGCCAAACAGGUGUUCAUCAAUGUGCCAUGGUGGUACCUGGCUGUGAAUCGGAUGAUAAGCCCUUUUCUUACCCAGAGAACAAAAAGCAAGUUUGUCUUUGCUGGGCCUUCAAAAUCAACAGAGACCCUUUUGAGAUACAUAGCUGCAGAGCAACUUCCGGUCAAGUACGGCGGACUAAGCAAAAAUGGGGAUUUCGGAAAUACCGAUGCUGUUACAGAAAUCACACUGAGGCCAGCAGCAAAACAUACUGUUGAAUUUCCUGUUACUGAGAAAUGCUUACUCUCUUGGGAGCUCAGAGUAAUAGGGUGGGAAGUAAGCUAUGGUGCAGAAUUCGUGCCAAGCACAGAAGGAAGCUAUACAGUAAUUGUGCAGAAGACUAGAAAGGUUGCUUCAUCAGAAGAACCAGUGCUUUGCAACAGUUUCAAUAUUAGUGAACCUGGGAAAGUUGUUCUCACCAUUGACAAUCCAAGCUCUAAGAAGAAGAAGCUCUUGUACCGCUUGAAGACUAAGCCUUCCCCCUCUGACUGAGAAUAUCAUUAUGUAUAUGUGCAAGCAGGAAGGAGACGAACAGUACCAAAGCUCCAAAGAUUAACUUUCCUGCUGUUCUUUUAUGAACAUAAAUUUUUUGUUUUUACCUUUUAAUUGUGUUCAAUUCAUAUAUACUCUUUCUGGGUUUUUCUUGCUAUUGUUUAUUGUUGUUGUUAUCAUUGAAGAUAAGUAUCAAGGUCCAUUUUGUCGUAUUAGAGUUUAUCUUUU